AUGGCGGAUAAAAUCCUCAUGACAGUAUUGACAGUAUGCCUGGCUAUCAAGGGGGCAUUGCCAAUCUGGGUUGCAAGCAUUAUCCUGGGCAGGGAUGUUGGGCUGGCUAUUUCAGCCAUCUACUAUCGCUGGAUUUCGCUGCCGCCACCAAAAACGUUCAAACGAUAUUGGGACUUCUCACUGCCAUCCGCCGAAGUCCGACCUACUACAAUCAGCAAAUACAAUACUUUCCUCCAGCUGGCCCUGGUCGGUCUCACAACGGCAGCACCGCUGAUAAGCGUUGACUUGGCGCAGACGCUUACAAUUAUGCAGUACGUUCUCGUCUACUAA